AGUUUGAAAUUUUCAAUUACUUCAUAACCAUUUUACACACGUCUUUCAUAUUUCUAUUAAACUACUUAUUUAUUUUAUGACACAAGUCACAAUUUUCUCCACCUGCAUUCAAUCCUCUGUUUUGUUUUUGAUUUUUUCAAAUUUUUACUGCUCAAAGAUUUUAGGAAACGUUAUAUAGAUUUCUUCCCCACGCAAAAUAAUGGAAAACUAUACCAUAUUCUUCUUUGUUCCAAUUUAUACAUAAAUCUAUCUUAAUUUUUUUUUUACCAAAAAUAGAAAACCACCACAUAGGCUAUAAAGUUUGCGAUCAAAAGAAUAUAAUUUCAAUUACAACUGCAAGUGUAGGGUUGGGAUGAUGUUUAUUGUAUCUCAAUCAAUCACUAAUAUUCAAUACAAAAAUCCUAAAUUGUUAAGGUUCCAUAUGUUGUUAUCAGUAUUGCAGUUAGUCUACCCUACACGAUAACAAAUGCAAAAUAGAAGCCACCCAAGUAGCUCAUAGAAGAUAAUUACAAAAGCAGUGUAAAACAUUAUGAGAUUGUAUUGCUACAUCGAUCCCAUUUUGUUGAUGUUGACUUGAAUCACAACAAUUGUUCUUGGAUGUCCAUCAUGUCGGAAAUAUGCAAAGAAAGUUGUGUGAAGCAUGAAAUGCAUCAGUGUGUUUCCCUAUGUGCAUUAUAAUCAACAUUACAUAUCAGUUACGGUUUCUUGUUGACUUUAACACUAGAGUAGCCAAAUUUGUUUAAGCUAUAAAACGCUAUUUUUCUUCUAAACACUGCAAAUUGCAUAGUUUUGUUUUUAAUAGAUCUAUUACAGGUUCGGAAAGCUUGUCAAGAUUGGAGAAUUUAGAAACCUUAGAUCUUAGUUUCAACCAUUUCGACAAAAGCAUCAUUGAAUCAUUGAGCGCAGUCAAAUCCCUUAAGAAUUUGAAUCUUGCUUCGAAUUAUAUGGGAGGAUCCUUUCCUGCCAAAGAAUUAUCAGCUUUUGAAAACUUGGAGAACUUGGAUUUGUCUUGGAAUAAUUUCGAUGGCCCCCUAACAAUCCAAGUAGGUUUGUCUAAUUCCCGUAUUUCUCCAUAUAUCGGGGCACUAUCUUCUUUAAAGGCUAUAUCAUUAGCUUACAAUUCUCUCAAUGGCACUCUUCCAAAAGAUUUGUGCUCACUCAAGAAGCUUCUAGAGUUAGAUCUUCAUGAUAAUCUCUUUGAAGGGAUCCUUCCAACAUGCCUAAACAAUUUGACAUCUCUUAGAUUUUUAGAUAUAUCUAGGAAUCGAUUCGUUGGAAACAUCUCUUCAUAUCUGAUAGCCAGCCUCACAUCACUUGAGUACAUUGAUCUCAGUUAUAACCAAUUUGAGGGUCUAUUCCAAUUCAACAUAUUUGCUUAUCACUCUAAGCUUAAGGCGAUUCUAUUAGCGAGUGAAAACAACAAGCUUGAGAUAGAAACUGAAAUAUCUGCGGGUUGGGACUUCUCAUUUCAGUUAAUGAUACUUGUGCUAUCUAACUGUAAUUUGAAGCUCACAGGAAACAUUCCCAAGCUUCUCCUUGACCAGCGCGAAUUGGAAAUAAUUGAUUUGUCUCACAAUAACUUGAAUGGAAGCUUCCCUAUUUGGUUGUUUGAAAACAAGACAAGACUACGAGAGCUAAAUCUUCAGAAUAAUUCUUUCAUGGGUAAAUUUCAUUUGCCACCAAAUCAAUGCAAGAGUAUUAUGUAUAUGGAUGUCUCUGACAAUCACUUAGGUGGGCAACUUCAAGAGAAUAUUGGAAAGAUAACUCCGAACUUAAAAUAUCUAAAUCUAUCUCGAAAUCAUUUUGAAGGUUAUCCUCCGUCCUCAAUUGUUGACAAGAGUCAUUUGCUGCAGCAUUUGGACUUGUCCUUUAAUGAUUUCUCGGGAAAGGUACCAACAAAAUUGAUUGCUAGUCGCACCAACUUGUUUAGUUUGAAGUUAUGCAAUAAUCAGUUCACAGGAUUUGAUCUACCGGCUGCACCUUCUAAAGAGUUUGGAUGGUCUGAAUUGAGGCUUUUGGAUAUUAGCAACAAUAAAUUGUCAGGAAUGAUUCCUAGAUGGAUAGGAAACAUGACAAGUUUGCAAAGUCUUGUAGUGAGUAACAAUUCUUUUGAAGGUCAGAUUCCUUGUGGACUACCAAAUUCCCUGCAAUUAGUAGACCUUUCUCAUAACUCACUUUCGGGAUCGUUACCUUCUUGCUUGAAUCUACAGAAUAUUGAGCACUUGUAUUUGCAAGGAAACAAACUUACAGGACCUAUACCAAAAUCUAUUUUCAAUUCAUCGUCUCUUUUGACAUUGGACCUUAGAGAUAACAAUUUUUUUGGCAGCAUCCCAUAUCAAAUCAGUGCACCUCCUAACUUAAGAAUACUUUUGUUGGGGGGAAACAAUUUUAGUGGUAUAAUUCCCAAUCAACUAUGUUGGUUAAAGAAGAUAGGCAUAAUGGAUCUUUCCAAGAACUCUCUUUCUGGAACAAUACCGCACUGCUUUCACAACAUGUCCUUUGGAAAACUAUAUGUUAAUGAUUUUCUCUAUGGAUCAUAUAGCCACGAUUUAAAUAGUUUGUCCCUGCAAGUUGGUUCCACAUUCCAAACGCUCUUCGGAUGGAAUAGUGGAAAAGAUUACGAAAACAUAGUAUAUGGUCAACAAGUUGCGGUUGAAUUUGUAACAAAAUACAGGUCUGACUCCUACCAUGGUGACAUCCUUAAUUACAUGUCUGGAUUGGAUUUGUCAUGCAACAAGCUAACAGGUAGAAUCCCACAGGAACUAGGAGAGCUAUCUUCAAUUCAUACAUUGAACUUGUCUCACAAUCAGUUGACAGGUUCCAUUUCACAAACUUUCUCAAAUUUGGCCGAGUUGGAGAGUUUAGACCUUUCUCACAACAAUUUGAGUGGAGAAAUUCCUCCAGCAUUGAUUGCUCUAAACUUUCUAGAAGUGUUCAAUGUGUCUUACAACAACUUAUCGGGUAAAGUUCCAGACAUGAAAGCACAGUUUGGAACAUUUGAGAAGAGUUGUUAUGAAGGAAAUCCGUUUCUUUGCGGAGAACCAUUAGAUAAUAACUGCACUAGAGAGGACGAGUCACAUCCAUCACCAACAAAAUCUUCAAAUGCAAGUGAAGGGCAAUGGUAUGAAGUAGAUCCUCAGGUUUUCUUUGCAAGCUUUAUUGGAUCUUAUAUUAUUUUCUUCUUGGGUGUAGCUUGUCUUCUUUAUAUUCAUCCUUAUUGGCAACAACGGUGCGUUAAUUUAAUUGAAGAUUUGAAGUACCGAUGUUAUUAUCCUGUUUUUGAUACCUUAAAAAGAUUGUCAAACUGUUUAGAAUCUUAGAUAUAUUGAGAUUCCAAGGACAUCUUUGGUGGUAGUGAUCAUAGCCGUACAUUUGAUUAUGAAUAAUGGUUAUUGUGGUCUAAUAUAAGACAAGGUGUUCACUUGCA